AGAAAGAGAAAGACACCCGAAAGGUUCCGGUGAAUAAUCAGGUCAGGCAGACAGCACGGCAUCCUCCAAAGGUCAGAGGUUAUAAUGAGGGGAUGUCCCCUAAACGGUGGUGUCCACUGCUCAUGGGUGUGCACAGAAUCUACAUCCAGACCCACAAGGAGAAACGCCUCCACCUGACCGUCGGCGGCCACGCCUACCUCCUACCCAACACCACCCUGGUCAUCAAAUGCCCUGUCAGAAGGUUCCCUAAAGCCUACAUCCACUGGCUCAAAGACGGACGCCCCCUCCCCAGCUCCAAACGCCUGGAAGUCACUAAAUCCGGCUCUCUGAAGAUCCACCUCCUGGGUGCCGGGGACAUCGGGGUGUACAAGUGUGUCGCUGGACCUGCCUCAGACAUCUUCACCGUCCAGCUGAUAGGCGGUGACAGAGGGUCAAGUGGGAAAGUGUCAACUGCCAGUCCGAGUCCCAGCUGGGAUGAGAUGAUGCAAAGCUGCCACAGUCACUUCUCAGUCAUGGAUCUGGAUCCUAGACUCAGUGUGUCUCUGCUUCCCCCUGCUGCCCAGGAGGCCUCACUGCAGCCGCGGGUGGAGGAGAGGCUGAUUAAUAUCACUCUGCAGGCGGACAGACGGGAAAUCCAGCAGGAGCAGGCCUCAGAGCUCAUCUCCUCGCUGCUGACCCACAUGUCUGCUGCCCAGCUCUGGACCAGGACGGCAGAGGGACGAGGACCAGAUAAAGACCGACUGCCCAACUGGUCCGAGCGCUCCUCAUUAGAGACGGUUGCGCACAGACCAGUGAUCAUCAGACAGCAGCAGACCCUCCCACUGACCUUUCAGAAGAACAUCAACAUCAGUAUCGGACACAGAGCCCUCCUCACCAACACCACCCGAUCACUCACCAUCCUCUGUCCUGCAGAGGGCUUCCCGCCUCCCAAAAUCAGCUGGACCAAAGAUGGAGCUCCACUACAGCAAAAUGACAGGGUGUCGUGGGACAGCUCUGGAGGACUCCACAUCCUUCAGCCCCGAGCGUUCGACAGAGGCCAGUACACAUGCACAGCUGCCAACACACACGGUUCGGACUCCGAGACCUCUCAGCUGCUGGUAGCAG